AUGAGCCAUCUCACAGCCAUGAAUACUCCAAUCCGUGCUUCUGUCCUCAGCGGCAGGCUCUCCAGCGCCUGGUCGCCGCUGGCCACCGGUACCAGUUCGUCAAUGUCAGUGCCGGGAUAUCACCAUCAGCCAUGCCGCCGGUCAGCAUUUUUGCCAACGCCGUUAAAACAUCAGCCCAAACGAGCUGCAAGCAGUGCUACACCAUGCAAAUCACCAAUGCGUCCUUUUACUCAAUCAUCAGCAAUAUGCAGAGGAAUUACCAGCCCGUCCUCCGUAUCAGUCCCCGCCCUUUUAUCCAUUAUCCGACACUCUUCCCCUAGUUCACGACGUAACUCGUCUACUUCUACCCAAGCUGCCCCGUCCAGCAGCAAUUCCGCCAGCACUACUACAAACUCCGCUGAUACCCCUGUAAAGCUGGAUUGGAACUCAUUUUUCCAGCUCCGCGCCUCUCGCCGGAAAUACUCUCUCAUUUCUUCUAUUCUCGCUGCAUUCACGACCACUGCAGCUGGAGGCCAGAUCCUAGCUACGCAAAACCUGGAGAGUCUUGGAGCACAGAUUAUGGGCUUUGACCCACUGAUUGUGCUUGGAUUAGCCACUGCUGCUUCCGGAGCAUUAGGCUGGUUAGCUGGUCCAUUCUUAGGCAACGGGCUAUGGGGGUUGGUGUACCGGAAGUAUAAGAGUGCCGUCACUAUUAAAGAGAAAGAAUUCUAUAACAGAAUAAAACGCUUCCGCGUUGACCCCUCUGCCAAUUCGUUUGCUAACCCGGUGCCAGACUAUUACGGCGAGAAAAUUGGCAGUGUUCAAGGCUACCGACAGUGGCUGAAAGAUCAGCGGGCAUAUAAUCGUAAAAAGCGGAAUUUUGUCUAG